AUGUCAAUCCUAAUCAAAGAAAAACAACAGAAAAAGAAAAAUCAUAACAAUCAUUACAUGCAUUAUGAUCGUGAACAACAAACAAGCAGUACAAUAACAAUACGCUUAGAGCGACAUCAUCGUGGAUUGAUUAUUGAAUGUAUAACGGAAAAUUUACGUAUACCAAAUUCAGCUAUACGUGAUCAAUUGAUUAUCGAUGUUCAAUAUCCACCACAAAUGGAAUUAAAAUUAGGUGCACCAUCAUUAUCAUUGGAUUCAAUACAGGAAGGAAUCGAUAUUUAUUUUGAUUGUCAUAUUGAUUCAAAUCCAUUACCAACAACACCAAUUACAUGGUUAUUCAAUGGUGAACCAUUACAGCCAGAGUCCGGAAUAAUUGAAAGCAAUCAAUCAUUAGUAUUACAACGUGUACAACGUUGGCGUAAUGGUACAUAUCAAUGUCAAUGUUCAAAUCAACAAGGACAAUCAUUAAGUAAUCAAUUAAAAUUGGAUAUUAAAUUUGCACCUGUUUGUCGUUAUCCAUACACAUUGAUUUAUGGUCUACAAUUGAACGAAAUCAUACAGAUUAUUUGUGAAAUCGAUUCUCGUCCUAAUACGGAUAUUACAUUUCAAUGGCGUUUUGAAAAACAUACUAAUUUAGCCAAUUUUAUUGUGAUCAAUAAAACCAAAUCAAUAUUAGAAUAUGUACCAAGACAACGUGAUCAAUAUGGCCUUAUUGAAUGUACAGCAAAAAAUUCAAUCGGUAUUCAACGUGAACCAUGCCGGUAUUUAAUUGUACCGGUUACAAAUCCAUAUUUUCCAUAUGAAUGUUUGGUUUCAAAUCAAAGUGAUUCAACAUUAUCUAUACGUUGUGAUGGAUCAUUAUCAUCAUCAUCAUCAUCAUCGAUGACUAAUCAAUCGAAUUUGAUCGAUAAAGAAUCAAUAUCAACCGAUAAACAUUCCUCAUCAACAUGGUCAACAUCUAAUCAUCAUGGUCAUCAUCGUGAUGAUGAAGAAUCCGAUGAAAUCUUUUCGGGUGAUUCUGAUGAUAAUGAUGACCAAGAUGAUGAUGAUCAAAAAACAACGACCAGACUGAAAUAUAAUCAAAGUUAUCGUAAACAAAAAUCUAAACAUAAUUUAGAUUCUUCAUUAGCAACUAAUCUGACUACAACCGACAUUUAUUCAUUGUAUUUUGCACCGGAUCUACAAUCACAAUCGACAACCGGUAACAACGAUGAUGGUCAAUCAUCAGUUGAUGGUGGUGGUCAAUCAAUCAAAAUGACAUAUCGUAAUGGUAUUGGUCCUUAUCCAACAACAACAACAACAACAAUAACAGCCGGUAAUUUACAACAACAACAACGUGCUGCUGCUGUUCAAUCAUCAAUAUUAUUUCUAAAUGAAUUAGUACCAAAAUUUAAUUCACAUUCAUUAAAUCAACAACCACAUCUAUUAGUUUAUCCACCAACAUAUUAUAUUUGUGAAAUUUAUUCACUUUUACCAAGGCCAACAUUGAUAAAGAAUCUAACAAUCGAUGCAAUCGAUAAACGUAUCAUGAAUCCAUUAUUAAACGGUAGUUUUAGUUUUUUAAUCAAUGAUUUACCAUCAAACACUCCGAUACGUUUGAAUAUUUAUGCACAAAAUAAUCGUAAACGAUCACCAAUACAAAUUGAAUUGCAAGCAAAAACAUUACGUGCAGCUGAACGUCGUAUUGAUUUUGGUGAACAUCAUCAAAGUCAUGAUCAACAUUCGACUAUUUCAACAGCACGUGGCAGCGGUAACGGUAUUCGUAAAACAUCAUCAUUUUUUGAUGAAUUAUUCGGUGGUUAUGGCCGUUUUCGUAAUAAACAUAUGGUUGUUGGUUUAAUAAUAUCAACGGUUAUUAUAACGGUUAUUAUUGCUUUAAUAUUGAUUACGAUUGCAAUUUUACGUUCCAAAUAUCAACAACAACAACAACAACAAAAUACCCGUUAUCAAGGACAUCAUUUGAAUGAUGAACAUUUGUUGACGUCAAACAACAGUAAUGGACGAUUAAAACAAACAACAACCGCAGCAAACGUUGAAGAAAUGAAUACUGCUAAUGAUAACGAUGAUGGUAAUAAUGAAUUUAUUAUGCUGAAUGAUAAAAUGAUACAUAUUACAAAUAAACAACAACAACAAAACAAUUUAGAAGAUUCAACUUUGAAUAACCAGAAUAUUGUUGAAACAACAUUUCUAACUAAUGAAAAUACUGAUGAUAAUCAGGAGCAGAAUAAUAAUGAUGACGACGAUGAGGUUGCCAUUGACAAUCAUCAUCAUCAUCAUCAUAUUCGUAAUAAUCAAAUGGAUUUAGUGGAAUUCGCUGCUGCUACAGCAGGGAAUAAUAAUGAUUAUGGAAUGAAUCUUAUUGAUGAUGAUAAUUCAAUGUCAGCAUCAGCUGCUAAAAGAACAUCUAUAACAGGGUUAACAUCACAUCAUACUGCUGCACAACAGCCACCACCAAAUUAUUAUGAUUUAAAUCUUACAUCAGAAACAUCAGCAUCUUCAGAUUCAAUUCAAACUAAUCAACCAGCCGGUUAUUAUUUUUCAAAAGAAAGAUCAAGAAGAUCAAGAUCAAAAUCAAGAUCAUCAGUAUCAUCGGACAAAAGUAGAAAAUCAACAGCAGGUAGUGAAAAAUCAAAACGAAAUAAAAGUCGACGAUCAUCAUCAUUAGGUGGUAGAGAAGAAUCAAGACGAUCAAAACGUCAUAGUCGUAAAGAACGUAGUAGUCGAUCAUCAUCAGCACCACCUGAUUUUGGUUAUGGUAGUGGUGGUCAAAAAUCACCAAGAUUAUUUAAUAAACAAAAUGAUGAUCCAUUAACAUCAAUAGAUAAACGUAUAAAAUCGGUAAUUAAAGGUAUUGCAUCGGAUAAAGUACCGAAAAUUAUUAUUACCGGUAGUGGUAUUAGUGCUAGUUUUGCUAAAAAAGAUGAUGAUUUAUUAAAAUUAUUAGCGAAAAAAUCAUCACACGGAUCAACAUCACCACCAGCAUCAACAUCACCACCACAGCAGCAACAACAGCAAACAAUAGCUAUUCUAAAAGUACCAUCAACAAAAUUGACUGAAAAAGUAAAAUCCAUAAUAAGAAGGGAAAAAUCACAACCACCAACAUUUAAAAUAAUGGAAGUUGUACAUUUAUCGAAAUCGAAAAGUUUACGAAAACAAUCGAAACCAAAAUCAGUACCGCAUUUACCACCACCGCAAUUAGCAACACAAGUACCACCACCACCAACAUUCAAAGUAAUCGAAGUUAUUAAUCUAGGACAUCCAUCAAAAUCAAGAAGUUUACGAAAACAAAGAUCAUUAUCACCACCUCAACUAGCAACAGCAACAGCAGCAGCGGCAAAUCCUGAAACAGCCACCACAAUGUAUUCAUUACGUAAAACAACAUCAAAAGCAUAUGCUAUGCCUGUUGAUGAAAUAUCGUUUACGAUUGGAGCAAAUAGAAAUACACGUGAUACUGAUGAUGGUACUAUUGAUCAACAACAAGAUGAUUGGAACUUACAACAACAACAACAACAGCAGCAGCAACAAGAAUUUUCUGUAUCAGCAACAACUGAAGCAUCAGUAACUGUAGAUACAAGACCAUGGUUAAAAGAUAUA